GAUGUCUGUGUGGAGCUUCCCUUCACCUUGACUCAUCCCAAAGCGCCACCUGAUGACAAUAACUACACUUCUCUCUUCAUUGAGGAGGCAUCCACCUCGUCUCUGCCUAACGACGGGGUCAUUGACUCCAUACCUACUUUGGAACAUUCCGAGCCUAUUGCCCAGUGUCAGCAGCAAGAGCAACAGGAUACUAAAGACCAGCAAUCCUUCGACCUUCACGCCAGACUACAGGGGACGAGGGACAAGCCUGCUGACAAAGAAAUAACGUCUAACGUUACUUCAGGAGACCUUAUAGUCCUGGAACACGGGGACUCUGGGUUAAGUCCGUGA